CCAGGCGCACUCACGCCGCGGUCCUCGCCAUGGCGCUUUCUCCAGUGGUGGUGCUGCUGUGCGUGGUGCUGGUGGGGGCGGCGACCGCCGCAGACGCAGACGCCGGAGGCAGCGGCGCGAUGCGCGAGGAGUUCGCGUGGAAGGAGUCCGCGUUCGCGUGGCCGGACGAGGCGUCCCAGCAGCGGGCCGUGGAGGCUGGCCGCUACGUGGUGGGCAACAACCUGCCCCUGGGGCUGGCCCGCUGGGGCGACAAGAUGUUCGUGACGGUGCCGCGCUGGAGGCACGGCGUCGCCGCCACGCUCAACUACUUCAAUCUCACCGAGGCCCGCCAACAAGGCAUCAAAGCGCCUGUGCUGCACCCGUACCCUGACUGGGAGUCGAACCUGCUGCCCGAGGGACGGACUGACGACGGCAAGCAGCGCGUGGUGUCGGUGUUCCGCGUGAGCGUCGACGCGUGCGACCGCCUCUGGGUCAUGGACACCGGGGUCGACGACAUCCUGGGCAACACCAGCCACGUCACGCCGCCCAAGCUGAUGGUGUUUGAUCUGAAGACAGACAAGCUGCUGCGAGAGUUCCGGUUCAAACAAGAGCUGUACAAGGACUCGUCCUUCUUCGCCAACGUCGUCGCAGACGUGGAGCCGGACCAGUGUGACAAGGCGUACGCCUACCUGCCGGACCUCGGCUCCUACGCCCUCAUCGUCUACAGCUGGGAGGCGGACGAGGCGUGGCGCGUGACGCACCACUACUUCCACUUCGACCCGCUGCACGGCAACCACCGCGUGGAGGACGUGAACUUCCAGUGGACGGACGGCGUGUUCGGCGUGGCGCUGUCGCGGCCCGACGCGCAGGGCGAGCGCACCGUCUUCUUCCACGCGCUGUCCAGCCUGCGCGAGUUCUCGGUGCCGGCCGGGGUGCUGCGCAACCGCACGGCCGCGCUCGCCGCCGGGCCCGACUCCUACUACCACUACCGGGACCUCGGCUUCAAGGGAAACGACACGCAGGCCACCGCCUCCUACCUCGACCUCGACACCGGCGUGCUCUUCUUCACGCAGCUGAACCGCAACGGCGUGGCGUGCUGGAACACGCAGAAGCCCCUGGAGCCGGCCAACGUGCACUUGCUGGUCAGCGACGGCGAGCGCUUCUCCUUCCCCAACGACCUCAAGGUGGACGCCGAGGGCACCCUCUGGGUGCUCACGGACCGCCUGCCCGUCUACGUGUACAAGGGCGGCCUCGACCCCAACACGGUCAACUACCGCAUCUUCUCCGCGGCCGUCAAAGACCUCAUCAAGGGCACCGUCUGCGAGGCGUAGUUGGUCGCCGAGGCUCGACGAUGACGCCGCAGAACUGUCCAGCGCAGCACUUCUAUUCAGCUCCCCUCCUCGCUCUUUUGUUAUGCUAACAAUUCUGUGAAGGCGUAUAGUCAUCUGAGGACCUGAACUUUUCAUCAGUUAUGUUUUUUUAUUCAACACUCUCGUCUCCGAUCGUCGAAACCUCUUAGUCGGCGAAACUCUAAUACUUUUUUUUUCUGCUCGUGGAGCAACGAUUAGUCAAAAGAGCACUUGGAACUCGCCUUAUUAAAGGACUAGACGCUUUAUCACACCGUACCCAAUCUAUCAAAGCAUCAGUAUUGUUGUAUCAAAUUAUAAUGUGGGUUUAGGUCCAUCAAGACCUGACUUUUGGCAGAAAAAACGCUUACGGUGAUCAGUGAUGUGUGUUUGGAUAAACGUAGCUUAAGGUAAAGUCUGGGUUCCAAUCUUUUAAUCUCCGUGAGAGGCAGAAUAUUCCUCUGGUGAACAGACUGUUUUAUUCAUGAGCUACAAAAACAUUUGUUCUGCGGUUCGUUAUCAUCAAAUUAAAAUGUUUCCGUUAAUAGCUCGUAAUAAAAGGACGUCCAUUAAAAUGGAAAAAAGUAAGCUUGCAUGCGAAAUACAAGAUAAUGAGUGCCAAAUUAUACGCACAUAUCUUUAAAAAUUUUUAUGUAAGCUCAUUUUCUUCCAUUUAGAGCUAUACUGUCACUUUUUAACAUGAAAAAGAAGUACGAAAAAGCUACGGCACAGUUACAGCGUGAAAACUGCGAAUGAGAACGCAGCGUUAUUCUUUCCCCGUAGUAUUUGAGGAACUCAGCACUCCUUUAAAAUGAAAUACGUACCUGUCCUUUAUUUCUGGAGGCAACAACUGCAACAUAUUACACUUAUGUCCAAUACGUGUUUGCUAUCUGACACUUUUUGCUAUAAUGCUAUAUGUUUCGAUACAAGAAAUGUGCUAUAGUUUGAGCAAGUGCAGAAAAAGUAAAUACUUAAGACAUAUACGACAUAUUUUAUAAAUACCUUUUGUUUCAGUGACCUUAUGUUUGAUAAUGGGCGUAUCCAGUAUUAAAUCACCACGUCGAUUGUCUGUGAGCUGUAAUUUUAUCGAUAAAAUUUAGACACCGAAUUUCCCAUUAACAGUGCAGUCACUGCCGUGUGACUUCAUGCUAAUCUAUCAUUCCUCUGACGAAUGUAACAGUUCAGUAGUUCAGGGAAAUGAUGUACUAAUAGCUAUUGAGUCACAGCCACAUACAAGUGGGAAAUAAACAGAGAUGUGGCGUUAAGACACACUGUUACAGAUACACAGGAAACGAGAGCAAAUGUGGUGCUGAACACAAACCGAUAGAGGUGGACUUGAAUUUUAUAUUAUGUUUUCUGAAGUGUAUUAUAUUUCGAGAAAGGAAGGUAUUAAAUAUCAGCUGCCCAAAUUACGUUGUGAGUAAAUACUUCGUUUCUACGUGUCUACAUAUAUGAAAACACUUGGACUUUGUAUCUGAGUAAUCGAUUCCCGUGCAUUUGCCAUACUGCAUUUAAACAUUUUCUGUCUGCCCUUAUCGUCUCUUUUCUGACAUUCUGUCAUUCAAGUACUGCAGACAGUUCACUAGAACCAUUUGUACCAACCAGAUAUAAAGAAAACUAUGGGCAGGUGUUCCCAUGUUACAUAGGAAUAUUAUAUUUCUUUUGUUGUUAAAGUAUAAAUUGAUACUUUUCAUGAUGAGAACGUGAACUGUAAUUCAUACUCAAACGACGACAUAAAAGUAAUAAAAUUUUUGUACAUUU